AUGUUGACUGGGAGCCUCGUCCUCAACCAAUCGGGCCCCACCGAGUUUGUGUUCCACGUGUUCACCGCGGUCCCUGAACUCCAGGCUCCCCUCUCCUGCCUCUUCCUUCUCUACUUGUUGAUCCUCUGUGGCAACACAGCCAUCAUCUGGGUGGUGUGCACACGCGGCUCGCUGCGCACCCCAGUGUAUUUCUUCCUGGCCAACUUGUCCUUUGUAGAGAUCAGCUACUCCACCGCUCUGGUGCCUCUGAUGCCCUCCAACCCUUUGGGGCCCCAGAAGCGCAUUCUGCUGGCUGGCUGUGGGGUACAAAUGUUCCCUUUUGUCACCCUUGGUAGCACUGACUGCUUUCUCUUGGCAAUCAUGGCAUAUGACCGCUACGUGGCCAUCUGCCACCCACUGCACUACACCCUCAUCAUGAUGCAGAAGCUGUGCAUCCAGAUGGUGGCCUGUCCCGUGGGCCUGGCCAUCUUCCUAUCCCUGCAGCUCACAUCCUUUAUCUUCAUGCCUUUCUGUGGGCACCUCAUGGAAAUCAACCACUUCCUCUGCAACGUGCCUGUGGUCCUGCGGCUGGCCUGCGCUGACAUCCACGUGCACAAGGCCGUCCUCUACAUGUUGGGCAUUCUCGUGCUGACCAUCCCCUUCCUGCUUAUCUGUGUCUCGUAUAUGUUCAUCACCUUGGCCAUCCUGCGCAUCAGCUCGGCUGAGGGCCGCUGCCGCACCUUCUCCACCUGCUCCUCGCACCUCACCGUGGUCCUGCUGCAGUACGGAUGUUCCAGCUUGGUCUACCUGUGUCCCCAGUCCAGCACCUCAGAGGAUGAGGGCCGCCAAAUUGCCUUGGUCUACACCUUUGUCACCCCUUUACUCAACCCCGUAAUUUACACUCUGCGGAACAAGGAUGUCAAAGGUGCCCUGAGGAAUGCCACCAUCUGUAAAGCAGCCUGA